CACCGCAACCGCUAUUCCUCUUUGUUUUCUCGUUUUCUUUGAUUUUUGAAAUUUUCUUUAAUCCAAGUAAGUAACCAUGAUCUUUGGAUGAAUUUUGAUGUCGAUUGAGGAUUUCAAAGUUUAAAAUUGCAUGAGAUUAGUUGGAGAAUCCUUUGAAAUGUUUUGACGUCUACUAGGCACAAUCGAUGUUUAUAAAUGAAUGAUGAUUGCUUAUAUGCUUAGAAAUAAGAUUGCAUGGUUCUUAUGAUGAUUUUGCACGUAUGUUUUCUUGGAUGGAUUGAUGAACUUUAGUAUAGGCCAUGCCAAAAUUUUCAAAAUUUUAACAUAGCACAUUUUAAAUUGAACUUUAAACGAUAAAAAUAUAUGAUACAUUUUCGAAAAUAUUUGUAGAUGUUUUUAUUUUGUAAUUACAAUGGGAGUGGUACAUUGUUAGUUUCAAGUUCAUUACUAUGUUGGAUCGUAUGCAUGUCAUUUUACUUGUGUCAACUUAUUGAACUUUGCCUAAUCUUAUAACUUGGAGCUUUCAAAGAUUUAAAAGUUUACAAUAGAUGUGUUUCAUGAUACUUCUACAUUUCGAUCUAGAAUACUUCCCAUCUUUUAUGAGCUUUCAUGAUGAAUGAAGUAUAUGGAGUACAUUCUUGUAAAUACACACUUGAGAAUUUAUAUGAUUAGCUUAUAAAAGAAGCCAUGCUUUUAAAGUGUGGGGUUAUCCCUUAUGAUAUAUACUAAUUUAGCUUAUGUUACCUAUGAAAAUGUCAAGCUCUUUCGCAUGGUUAGGACGCAUAAAAAGAAGAAAGGAGAAGAUGGCACUUUUUCAUCAAGAGGUCGAGGCUAUAGCACCACGAUAGUCUGCAAGACUCAAUAGGAGGGAUCCGGAAAGCGUGUUUGAGGAUGAGGAUUCUUCGAGUGAGUCGAGUUCAAACUACUCUUUGCUAGAAGAUUCUCCGGUCACACCACCGGAAGUCUAUCUAUGGAUAGUGGGAGAUCAAGGAGCAGGAGUUGAUAGCUGCCAUCGAAAUCCGAGUUGAUAGCAAACUGAUAGUAGCUUGGAGAUUCGAGAGGACACACCGGAGGCUCCCCUGCAUACUUUCUUCAAGUUUACCCGCGGGAGUCCUAGUGCCAUGAAGAUAGCAAGAUGGGAUGAAGUGCAUGUAUAUCAAUAAGGAUAUCUGAUUGAUUCAAUCCGUGCAAGUCAUUGUCAAUAGUUAGCACGUCUCAAUAACCACCCCAUCCUAGGCCAAGUUUAAUCUAUAGUGGCGUUGUCAUAUCGUGACAAUCAAGGUCAUAUUCACACGAGGCUAGGUACCCUAGACUACUUCCCAUGUUGUUGUUAUCUAACCGAUCAGUUUAAGGGUUUUUGAUGGAGGAUUUAAGCAGAAUAAUGGUAAAGAGAACAAGUAAGGAUAAAAGCAGAUACUUUGGGGAACUAUCCCUCACCCUAGCCUAGGUCUACUAUGCAAUUUCUAGAUAAAUAGGGUAUGUCGAAUGUGGUGAGUGAGCUCUUUUCCAUGGGUUUUCGUGGUUAUCCACACACCUUCGAGUACGCCUCCCCUAAACCCAUGUCAGUCACCUCGAUCUAGGUUAUCAUAUAUGGGGCAUUAAGCACAUAGCUCCUUUUAAUGGUACUAGCCACCGUCCAUACCGAGGUUUUAUCCCGGGUUCUAUCUAGGAAGGCAUUCGUAUAGCAGGAGCACGGUCGCCUCAUCCACCAUAGGAUCCUAUUCAUACAUCUAACCUCAAUUUUCUUGAUGGCGCAUGACUGUCUAACCCUAAAACUCCAUACCCAGCGUAGAAGCUCAAGUAGGCUCGUAGAGAAGAUUAGUGCAACAUACCCAAACACAAUCAAAGCUAGAGAAACCAUGAAAUCAAAUGGAUAAACACAUUCAUUCAUUGUAGCCCUAAAACAUCCAUUCAUUAAUAGUAACCUUAGAACUAGGGUUUGGGGUUUAGAACCCCUAGUACCUUUGAGGACUACUCCAUAAAGGAGGGAAGAAGAUACAUAGAAGAAAUUGGCGAAGACUUGAUGUUGGGGAAGAUGGAUCCUCUCUUCUAACUCCUACUCCUUCUCCUCUUCACCUUCCUUCAAAUUUUAUCUCUUCUUUCUCUCUCUUAACAGGAAUUUUAUAUCAAAAUUAGCUCUCUUCAAUGGGUGAAGGGGGUCUUCAUUUUAUAGGCUUUAGAGGACAUAGAAGUUCGCGACCGGAUAGCAUGAAGAUCGCCUUGAGGUUGUGAUCUUCUAACGCUAGGGUUUCGACCUUCGGGGACGAGGAAUUCGCGGGCUGACUUCUCAGUUGCAAUCCGUUAAGUGCGGCUGCGAACUUCCUCGCGGCCAAAAUGAAUUGUGGCCGUGAACGGAUUGGAGAAACUCUCAGUUUCUCAUCGCUGGCUUCUUCACGAAGUUGACUCCCUCAUCCUCUAAGAUCGCAGUCAUGAUCUUUUCCUUGAGAUUGUCGUCUUUGUUCUCGGCCGUGAUCUCCACCUAUAGGCUACGGUCAUCAGCAUUCUACCCCUUUUUCUACACUUGUGUCCUUUUUCAUACCUAAUUCGCAUGUAUUGUCUAAAGCACCCUAAAUCACAUCAUAAUCGAAUAGGAAGGAAAUAUGGAUGCAAUCGAUGAUAUUCAAAUGAUUAUGGACAUGAAUUGAUACGAAAUAAAACUCAAAGUGAAGGGUAAAUAACACCAAUUUAGGUGUUAUCAAACUCCCCCACACUUAGGCGUUUGCUUGUCCCCAAGCAAACCUAUUCAAACCAAUACAACUUGAUUAAAAAAAAUUAAGGUGGGAUGCACUCUUGUUCUUCAUUUCAUAAAGAAGAGUAUACGGAGACGAGAAAACGUUACUAUCAUCUUACUGUGCACGCACAAACUCUUGGGUGAGGACCAUACUUACUACCUUAGGCUAAACAUUUAAGAUGUGCACCGAGGGAUUUCUCAAAUAUCAAAUAAGCACGAGACCUCUUGGGGGUUCUCUUUAUUCUUUCUUUCGUUUUCAGAGUUUUCUUUUAUUGGUCUCUUUUUUCUACGUUGACGUGCAUUGCACCAAUAUUUUGCAAGUUUUCUUGCAAGCAAGCAUCUCUCUCUCAAAACCAAGAGCCGAUGGAUCAUUGCCUUCCCUUUCAAAGUCACAUGUGGGGAAGUUGAUGGGCGGAUUUGUCUUAGCCCGAGCACCACUUCCCAGCGUGCACUCCACAUUGGGUUGCCACACAUGUUGGGUACAAACGAGAGCUUUGAGGUCUCAUGAAUCACUAAAAAGUACUUUGUCAUACUAUUCCAUGAGGAGGAAAGAUGUUUGGUGGAUGGUAAGUAGUAAAAGAUGGUCCAGACGCGGUAAAGCUAUAUAAUCCACAAACAUAUCCUCAAAGGGCACUCCGAACGUUGAGGGUUGGUUGCCUCUCACGUAAGAGCCUCUUUUCGAAAGAUUUUUUAUUAAAAAAAAGAUAGAGAAUCCCACACACAUGUUCUUCCUAAAAUAGCAGACAUUAUCAACUCACCAAAGAGGAAGAAGAGAGUAAAAUCCCUCAUACAUUGGUACUCUAAUCAUGCAACUACUCCCUAGAUAGGACAACACAUCAAUCAUCUAUCAAUUAAAAGCAUAUCGAGUAGGAAAUUUCAUGGAACAGAGUGUUUUGGAACCUUCAAAUUUAAAAUAAAUUGGGUGAUGCAUUCAAGGUUCCAAAACACUAUCAUAAUCAUUUGGCCAACCAACACCGCAAACACACACAAUCGCUAGCAUACACUCCCAUAAGCAUUCAUCAAUGUCUUACGUUCAUAAACAAGGGAUGAUACUAGCAAUCCAUGGCGUAAUCAAUCAUGACAAUCAUUCAAACAUUCAAACACAUUCCCCCCCUCCCCCCCCCCCCCCCCCCCCCCCCCACACACACACACUUGAGCAACACAUUGUCCUCAAUGUGGGAGUUUAAAAAGAGAAGAUCAUGAAGGUUAGCAUAGGUUGGAUUGUGGGUUGGUGAAGCUACACAAGUGUAGGUCUUUGUCUUCCUGGUGGUUUUCACAAUGAUAAAUCACAUAAGAAAGAGCGGAAGACGAUUAAGCGUUAUAGGUACGAUAAGUAGAUAAUAUAAGUACAAUUACUACUACUAGUAGUACUAGUAUAUUUAAAGUACGGGAAAUUAAUGAAAGUAAAGGAAUAAUUAAACAUUGUUUAAAAUUAAAAGAAAGAUAAGCAAAGAAAAAGAAAAGAUAGAACUUAGGCCCUGUAUGCCUAGUACUCAAUCCUCCUCUGAGGUUCCUUCUUCUUCUUCUUCUUGAAAUGAUGAAAGUGGAGGGGAGAAAGCAAGUUGGGGCGAUACAUCGUCAAUCGGAAAAUCCAUCUUCUUUAUUAUAGCAUGGAUGCACACCAUGAUGUGGAUUCGCGCUUCCUUCUCCCUCAUUUGAUUGUGAAAGAUCGUCGCUAUCAUUGCUUCGACUCGGUAGUCACUUGCAUUGUUUAACGGCAGGGGUACCAGAUGAGAAGUGGAUGUAGGUGCAUCUUCUCCCUCGCACAUGCUUCCCACUUGUUCCUCCUCGUUGACUAGUCCUCAUCAUCCUCUUACUGCAUAGCUUCCGAAAGAAGGAACACAAUACCCUCCAUGUCCUACGUAUUAGUAGUUGGAAAUGGAAAUCCCCGUACUCCCCAAAUGCCAUAGUCAUUCAUUUGCACCACUUUGAUUCUCGACUUCAAGACGACAAAGGAUAAAGGAGUGGUCCAACUAUCCAACCGAAAUCGCACAGCCCCGAAGUCGACUUGAAAAUAAUUAGCAAGACGGGUGAAAAAAACUCCUCCAUGAAGGGCAGUGAGCCUAUGAUAUGUUCCAUAAUGCUUGAAGAUUGACAAUAUGGCCAAACAUAGGUGAAGAGAAUAGGGUAGCUGCAUGGUUUGGAAGAAAGUGACGUCUCUGGCAGCCAAAUUGCCAUUGUUUCGUUCUUUCCACCCACGGACCUAGCAAUUACAUGGUGGAUGAGUCGCCACUCCGGUUCCACCUCACAAGCCUUUGGUAUCUUGACAUCCCACGAUCGACUAUCGGAUUUCUUAACUUCAGAUUAAUAGAAGGACUUAAAACAUGGAAAGUCGGAUUCCCUUGUCAAGGUGACAAACGCGUCCGGUGAGUCAAUGAAAUUCGUCGGCUAAAUAUCCAUAGCUCUUGUAAAUUCUCGAAUUGACAGCUGACGAUGCUCUCCUUAGUUGGAAUUUGAUGUUGUCUUGAAGGUCGGCGGCACCUAUGAUAUCUUGAAUGGUAAUAGUGCGAAUGAACUCAAUAACAAGUACCCGGUAGAUGCUUUCUUGAAUAGAUAACAAUUUAAACCACUCCAACUUCUGAAUCCUGGAUCGGAUCGCAUCCUCGAUCCCAAGUUGUGCGAAGAGUAUCCAGUUGAAACAUGUACUCUCGCCUAGAGGAAGUCCUUGAAGCCACAAAAUUUUGCUCUAAAAUUUCUCAGGGACAUUGUCCAAAUUGUAGUGAGAGAUAUGCUCUAUGUCGCCUUCAACAUUGGCUUCAUCAUCUUGAUGUAUUUCCCUUGGUAGAUGGGGAGAGAGUGAUGGUGGAUGUGGUUCUUCAACAUCUACUUCCUUUUACCUUGAUCUACUUUUCUUCUUCUGAUUGUCUUAGCGAGGAUGACAAAUUCGAGAACGCUCAAUAUUAGAAGAACUUUCUCCGUGUGCCAUUUCCUUCGUCUUAUAAAUUAUCCUUCAAAACAAGUAGUACAAAAUGCAAAACCAUAAAUCCAAACAUCACAUAUCAUAGAAAGGAUUGUUCAAAGAACUCUCCAUAACUCUCUAAGAUUUCCCCCACACUUGAGUGAGAUUAAGUCAUGCACAAAAGAGAGUACUUAGAUGAAGAUGCAUCUCAAUGACAAAGAAAUAUGCUAAGGUAUCCCCAAUCACACACGAUCAAGUAAACAAUAGUUAACAAGUGUGUGAAAAUUGAUGCUCAAUGAGUAGGAUUGAAGAAAAUGAGAACUAUGUAGUUGAGGACUUUCUUCGAACACUUGGUGGGCGGUCUUUGAAAACUCAAGAAAUGCAUUGAAAUAGCCCAUCAAGGUCUCCCAAAAUGCAUAGCAUGAACAUUAAAGCGAUGAAAACAAUCCUAGAGGAUCAAAACGUCAUGAAAAGAUGUAGAUGAGUAUUUCAAGCCCUCACAACAUUCAACCCAUGGUUAGCAAAACAAGGUAAUUAAAUUAUGGGGAAAUGAAAAAGAGUACCUUAUCUUGCUAGGAGACAUGUUGGAAAACAGGGUAAAAUACCUCGUGUACCACUAAAGUAUGAGAAUUGGAAGAGCUAUAACACUUAAAAAACUAAUAGGGCAUCACAUGCCACUGAACUCCAUUAUAUGUGCAUCCGGGGGAUUUUUCCAGAAAUAGCACCUUUAAAAAAAAAUACAAAAAUAGCACACAGUCCAUAGAAAUUACAAAAAUAGCACCCAUUUUUAAAACCCGCACCUUAGAGGUGCGGUUUGAUUGUGAACCGCACCCCCAGGUGCGGUUUACCAUUCUAUGCCAAAACCGCAUCUUGGCCAUGCAGUUUCUGUGUCUGAACUAACCAAACCGCAUGGCCUAGAUGCGGUCUUGUGCUGACCUAGCAAAACCACACUUUGGGGAUGCGGUUUUGCUUCUCCAAAACAAACCGCACCCUCAAAGUGCGAUUUUGGCAACACAAACCGCACCCCCCCCCCCCCCCAAUGCAGUUUGUGUGUCAAUUAUUUUCCGACACCAAACAUAUAGCCAUGCAGAUUGACAGACGUGGGGGCUGCAUGGCAGAUGAAAACCGCACCUCUAAGGUGCGGUUUUCAUUGAUGAUUUUGCCUAUAAAUGACAGUCCGGGAAACCUCUUCUCUUCUCUUCACACCUCUCCUUCUCCCUUGUCAAUUUUCUACUAUAGCUCCCUACUUCUCUAUUGUUUUUGCGGUUAACGUUAACUCAUAAGUUUAUUUUGUAUUACUUUUUGUUGUGAAUUGUGAAUUGUGAUUUUUAUGAUAUUAGUUGAACUACUGUUUUUUGCAGAUGGCAUUCCAAAAGUUCACGAUUGGGUUACGCUGGAUGGUUACACGGAAGAGAGCGGAAAGGGGGUCACCUACGUCGAUGGCAAUUUUCAGAAAUUAAAGGUCGCUACCAGACCGAUAUUUAAAGAUCUCUAUCAAAUGUGUACUAACCUUACUUGCAUGGAUGGCACGAGAAGAGUUGAUCGUAUGGUGUACCGAUAUCCAAACAGAGAAGGCGGGUCGUUGUGGCACGAGGAAUAUCUCAUAAACACUCAGGAUGAAGUAGAUGCCAUGCUCGAAUUCUUGAGUUCCUCAACAAUCUUUCCAAAGCCGAGAUGUUCGUUUACACCAAGCCGGUUGUAGGCGUUGGAGGUCAUUCUGGAGACGGUCAAACAUCUACUAUCCAUGGUGGAGGUGAAUUAUAUGGAGAUCAUCUCUACCAAAGUUACCAUGAUCCUCAUUCCUAUUUUCAGUACCAAGAGCAAGGUGAAGGUCAUCAUCAAUCUUUCCCGUCAUAUGAAGAAGAAGUUCAACCGGACCAUGCCAACCAACCCCAGUACAACUUCCAAUCAGGCAGCGGUAGUUUUCACAACUACCAUUAUGGAGCUGAUGAUGGUGCCUUUCAUGAGAUGGAUCAGAUGGAAGAUUCCCUGCCAGCACCAGUCAGUAACCCCUCCGAUGAAGAAGGAGAGAACAACGUUAGUGCAGACAGCUCCGACCCUCCUGAAGGUGCUGAUGAUUCAGGACCAGAGUCAGACUCAGAUAAUGAUUUAAAGAUAUACAUACAUAUUCAUGUAACACCCUAACCCGGCCGGGUACUACUUUUACCAAAAUACCCUUGAUAAACCUUGAAUUAAAAUAAGAACUGAAAAUACUUAGAAAAAAAUAGCGGAAAUAUUUCAUAAAUAACUUUAAUAAAUACCGAAAACAACUGUCAUUACUUAAACACAAAGCCUGACACUUGGGCAAACUCAAACUUUAAAGUCUCUAAUGCUACUGCUUCCUGAAAGCCUUGACGAGACAUCCUCUGUAGCGCUUGUACUACCCUCCUCUAGCUGGCUGCCCUCAAACUGCUCCUCUCGAACUCGCUGCUCUCUACCUCCUGUUAGUCCUCUUCAAACUGGUGAGUGAGAUGGGGUCAGUCUACGCCCUUACGUUUAACAUCUUAUUAAAACUUGAUCACUUAAGUUAGUAGAAGUUGUUUCGUACUUCCACUAUUAAAGAUCUUAACUGUUA